UCAAAAAUUGUCUAAUAUUUGUCAAUUUCAUUUCCUUAUCAUAUGCACGUUCGCGGAAAAAUAUUUCUACUUUUGUAUGAAAGUUGCAGCCGUUUCACAAUUUAUAAAUUUUGUCGUUAAACUGUUCGAAAAAUACUACAAUAGUAAAAUAAAUUAUUUUGUGGAAAAUAGCGUUAUGUUCUUAUUGGAAAAGAUGGUUGUCUGAUACAAGUUAUGCAUUGUUUGUGUUUUUCAAUUAAAAAGAAUUCAGUUUCUGCGAAUCCACAUAUUGCAAAAAUAUAUCGGAUAUUAUUGAAACAGACCAACUAGUUUUGAUCAGGGUUCGUGAAAAAUUAAUCAUACCACAGUUUGUGACUUCAAUUAAAAAUGGGUAUAAAGAUAUGCUUGUUGCUAUGGUUUUGAUUUUAUAACAAAAAUUGGGAAAAUAAAUAAAUUGUCAUAUUCGAUUGAAGCCUGCUAAACUAAGAGUUGAAACGCUUCACACUGAUGGUAAUGUGUAGAUGUAUGUUUACGGUGGAUUCCCCAACCUUGAUAAUUGUAAGCACAUCAAUACGAAAAUUUAUAAGUAAUUAUUAAUUCAAAUUAAGAGGAGAGGGGUGGCAAAUUGAGAAGACGUUUUGCUAGCUUUAGAGAUAAGAGACGUGCUAUUGGAGAUAACAAGAAAAUCGCUACGAAUAAGCGGAAGUGUUCAUAGAAAAAUAAUAAUUGCUGUCAAUGACAUCACAAGUAGCACACCAUCAAACCUAAAUACGGUGGUGUCAAUAUAGUGGACUACUUUCACAGACAUUAAAAGCCAGUAUCUAUUCUGUUUGCAACAGUUCUACUUUGUGCUAUAGUGCUUUACAUACAUCAUUAAAAAUAAGUAAACUAAGUUAAAAUAAUUAUCGCACUGGUAACAUCUUGAAUGAUUUGAAGCAUUUUUAAUUGUACCGUCAGCAAGGAUGGCCGGUGGCGUUGCUUCCAUUUCGCAGGGUAGCUCCGAAAACCGUGCUAACCCAACAUGCACAGUUUGUUCAUCAUCAACAUAUUCUCGUAAUGCAAACAAUGAUAAUUUUCUGCAAAUCAUACAUUCCGAAGCGUUGUUGAGGGGCCUUAAUGCGUUACGUUCUGCGGAAAAACUGUUCGAUGUUUCUCUGAUUGUGGAAGGACGUAUAUUUAAGGCUCAUCGUGUUGUAUUGGCGGCGUGUAGUGAUUAUUUUUGCGCCAUGUUCACGGAUGCCAUGCGUGAAGCUCAUCAAUCUGAAAUAAAACUGAAUGGUAUAAACGCUCACGGCAUGGAGCUGCUGCUGGAAUAUGUCUAUACGUCAAAAUUGGAAUUAGAUCGAAAUAAUGUGCAAGAUGUUUUAUCUGUAUCGACGCAUAUCCAAAUGAAAGCAGCCAUCGACGCCUGUUCACAUUUUCUUGAGUCACAAAUUGAUUUGGAUAAUUGUGUUGCAAUCGCUGCGUUGGCGGACUUGUACUCUCUGGAACCACUCAAAAUGAAGGCCUACCGCUACAUGUGUUCACGACUCGAUGAGUUUGCGCAAACACCGGAUUUAUUAAGUCUCACAUUGGAUCAAUUUGAACAUGUACUUGCUUGUAAUUAUCCAGUGGAUUGCUCAGAACAAAGAGUUCUCGAAAUUGUGCUGGAAUAUUGUUUAGAGUCUGACUUAAAGCCAGAGCUGACACGCCGUAUCUUCGGAAAGGUACAAUUUCAUCAAAUCGGUGCGUGUGCGCUGAAUGCCAUUAAGUCCAAAUGGAAUGCAGAACCUGAACCGAACUCGAUUGCAUCUGCCUACUAUCGGAUAUUGAAAGAUGAAAUGAUUAAGCAAGAAAUGUUGAAGUUGCGAUUAUCCGAUGUUUAUGCAGAUGAUUUACUUUCCGCGGAGGUGUUAACGAACACCCGUGGCAUGGAGUUGGCCUUAGUAAAGAUUGGCGGCUUCGAAACAAAUGGACUAACAAAUCGUAUCAGUUGUUAUCUACCAUCCAAAGGGAAAUGGGAGAGCCUUACCGUUAUACCACACAUCGAACAAUGCAACUAUGGUACAGCAGUGCUGGGCAAUGAUUUGUAUGUGGUAGGUGGCUCAUAUGAUGUUUGUCUCAAGGAGUACAUACAUCCAUUUGGAUUUCGCUACUGCCCCGCCAAGAACAAAUGGAAAAGUAUUGCGCCAAUACAAGCGGACCGUUGUCGUUUCUCCCUGAAUGCCAUGGGUAGUCAUUUCCUAUAUGCGGUGGGUGGAGUUUGUGAGCUAAACGAAAAUGAUGGCGGCGCCGAACUGUGGGCACACGAUAUGACAGUUUCGAAUUGUGAACGUUACGAUGCGAAUACCGACCGCUGGGAAUACCUACCCGCGUUGUCGGAGAAUCGCAGCCAACAUGCGGGCGUUGUCUUGGGCGAUCAGUUGUAUAUAUCGGGUGGCAUUGACCGGCACAUUGUACUUGCCUCACUUUGGAGAUUCGACACGAAAUCUAACACAUGGCAUAAACUCUGCCCAAUGCCAACACCUCGUGCCGACCAUGUCCUUAUUGUAUUCGAUGGUCGUAUUUAUGCGUUUGGCGGUUGGUAUGAGGAUCCAGUGACUGAAAUGCGAGUAUUAGCUGAUGCGGUAGAUGUGUAUGAUGUAACAACCGACCAAUGGAUAACAGAAUCACGAAAUCCAAUGCCUAAGUAUUACACCGGCGUAGCAGCCGUCAAGCGAAAAGUUUACUUUAUCGGCGGCUUACUCUCAACGGCAACCAUCAAUCGCGCCACAUCCGCGGUACAGUCCUACGACUUGGACACAAAGCAAUGGGCCUUCAGUUCGGAGUGGGAGUAUCCAAAAGAGGUGUGGGAAAGCACUUGUGCGGCUUUUUAUGUGCCACGGGAACGUGAUAAUGUAAAGUACUACUGGGACGAUGUGUGAGCAAACAGCAAUUUAUUUAAUAUUGGUAGUCAAGGAAUAAGGAUA